AUGGAGUGGUAUGUCCUGGUGCUGAUGCUGAGCUUGCCCCACUCCGUGCACACACAUUGUUCUUCGCAGUGUCACAAAUGCUUGCAGCACAUUUUCAAGCCAAACAGCGCAUACAGUAGCCUGUGGUGUGGUGUGCUGUGUCAGGAUGAGCCGGGGCUGUGUGAGCAAGCCGCGGGGCUCGAGGACAUGAGACACGACGGUGAAAAGGCGCAGGAGGAUGAAGAAGUGGAAGGGGGCGACGAACAAUUCGAGGCGCAGCUCGCAAAGAGGCUGGAUCAGACCACCAGGGAGCUGCUGUCCUCCUCCGGGCGGGACACGCACGUCGCGGAGGGAGAAGCGGAGGACAGCCGGGAGGAGAACGCUCUCCGCGGCUCCGAGCACGUCAAACGCUACGGCGGCUUUUUACGCAAGUUCGGUCCAAAGUCGAAAAGAAGCGAAACGGAAGAACCCGAGGAGCUCCAGAAGCGCUACGGGGGCUUCAUGAGGCGGAUCAGACCGAAAUUGAACAACAUCAAGUGGGACAAGCGCUACGGAGGCUUCCUUCGUCGUCACUUCAAGAUUUCGGUGCGCUCCGCAGAGGAACCUUUCUCUUCCUACUACGACGACCUCAGCCAAGAAACAAGAUGA